GAAAAAGAUGGCACUACUGUUAUUUCAUAUUUGAGACCCAUGUUUUUAAUCAGUAUUAUUCUUAUCAUUUAGAAUGUUAAUUUCUAAACUUGUGCAUCGUUGGAUAAAAAGACUUUCUUAAAACUUCCUAAAUAAAAAUGUUACCAGCAACAUAUGUUGAAGGUUUUCACGAUUUAGAAGCUGUGAAAACUAUGGAAUAUAGAAAACUUGGUAAAACCGAAUUAAUGGUCAGCAAAUUAUCAUUUGGUGGUGGACCACUUGGUUGCCAUUACGGUACAUUCGAUGAAGCCAAAGCAAUUGAAGCGAUACGUGAAGGAAUAAAACGGGGAAUUAAUUACAUUGAUACUGCACCAUGGUAUGGCCAAGGUCGUUCUGAAACUAUCAUUGGAAAAGCUUUGAAAGGUAUUCCGCGUGAAGCAUAUUAUAUUGCCACAAAAGUCGGAAGAUAUGAAUUAGAUUACGAAAAUAUGUUUAAUUUCUCUAAAGAGAAAACUAGAAAAAGUUUUAACAAAAGUUUAGAACUUCUUGGUUUGAAUUAUGUUGAUAUCAUACAAGUUCAUGAUAUUGAAUUUGAUCCAAAUUUAGAUAUAGUAAUUACGCAAACUUUGCCAGAAUUAUCAUUACAAGUUGCGGACGGUAAAGCAAAAUAUAUUGGUAUCACUGGGUAUCCGGUUUCCAUUUUAAAAAAAUGUAUCGAGAAAAGCGAUAUUAAUAUUUCUUGCAUAUUAAGUUAUUGUAGAUAUACUUUAAUAGAUGAUACUUUAUCUGAAUAUAUCUCAUUUUUCAAGACACACAAUAUUGGUAUAAUUAAUGCUUCUGCACCAUGUAUGGGGCUUUUAACAAAUAAAGGUCCACCAGCUUGGCAUCCUAGUUCAGAAGAGACAAAAAAAAUAUGCGCAGAUGCUGCUGCAUAUUGUAAGGAUUAUGAAACAGAAUUAGCUAAAUUAGCAUUAUGGUAUUCUAUGCAAUGCAAAGAUAUUGAUACAUGUUUAGUUGGAAUUCAAAAUUUAAAGGAAUUGUAUAUGAAUAUUGAUGUAUUAAAAAAUGGUAUCACAAAAAAAGAGAAAAGUUUACUUCAAGAAAUACAGAAAAAAUAUUUGUGCAAAAUAACAGAGAAACACUGGGAAAACAAAGAACUUCAAAUAUAUUGGGAAUAUAUGAAAAAGUAGGAAAAAUAUAUUUUUUUAUAUUAUAUACAAUGAUAAACAUAAUAUUUAAUAAUAUUUUAAAUUAUUAUUAUGUAAUCUAUCUUAAUUUAGAAUAUGUAAUAUGUAAUACAAUAUAAAGUAUUACAUUUAUCAUAUAAUAUAAAUAUAUUUAUAGAAUAAAGUAUAAA